AUGGCCUCAUUGCCGCCUCCACCUCCUCCUCCCCCAGGAUGGGGUGCAGCUCCUUCCAUGCCGCUGGCGCCGCCGCCGCCAGGCUAUCAGCCGCCGGCCGACCCGACCGUCGCAAAAUUUGCGCAGAAGAAGAACGAAUGGCUGCGCACGCAACGCAAUCGAUUCGGCGAGAAGCGCAAGGGAGGAUUUGUUGAAACACAAAAGGCGGACAUGCCUCCAGAGCAUUUGCGAAAGAUUGUACGAGAUAUCGGUGAUGUCUCGCAGAAGAAAUUCACCAACGAGAAGCGUAGCUACCUCGGCGCGCUCAAGUUCAUGCCUCAUGCCGUAUUGAAGCUAUUGGAGAACAUGCCAAUGCCCUGGGAGUCAGCAAGAGAAGUCAAGGUCCUCUAUCACGUCAACGGAUGUCUGACUCUGGUCAACGAGAUACCGCGUGUCAUCGAGCCUGUCUUCCACGCCCAGUGGGCAACGAUGUGGAUGUGCAUGCGUCGGGAGAAGAGCGAUCGCCGACACUUCAAGCGUAUGCGCUUCCCUCCGUUCGAUGACGAGGAACCGCCUCUUUCUUGGUCGGAAAAUAUUGAAGAUGUUGAGCCGCUGGAACCCAUUCAGAUGGAGCUCGACGAGGAAGAAGAUGCGGCUGUGUACGAAUGGUUCUACGACCACCGCCCCCUCCUCGAUACACCCCAUGUCAAUGGCCCGAGCUACAAGAAGUGGAACCUUUCCCUUCCCCAGAUGGCGACUCUUCAUCGUCUCAGUCACCAGAUUCUAAGUGAUGUCGUCGACCAAAAUUACUAUCACAUGUUCGACCUUAACAGCUUCUUCACUGCCAAGGCCCUCAACGUCGCCAUUCCUGGUGGUCCCCGUUUUGAGCCUCUAUACAAGGACAUUGACCCUAACGACGAGGAUUUCAGCGAGUUUAACGCCAUUGACCGCAUCAUCUUCCGUGCCCCAAUUCGGACCGAAUACCGAGUCACCUUCCCCUUCCUGUACAACACCCUACCCCGAAGUGUCAAAGUCGCUUGGUAUUCUCACCCCCAAGUGGUCUAUGUUCGCACCGAAGACCCUAACCUCCCCGCUUUCUACUUCGAUCCCGUCAUCAACCCCAUCUCUUCCCGCUCUGUCGCACCAAAAAAUAUUACAGUCAGCCACGAAGACCAAAUCUUCGGACCCGGCAAUAAUGAAGACGACGAAUUUGAGCUGCCAGGUGAGGUCGAGCCAUUCUUUGACGAGGAGGAACUCUACACACCCGACACCGCGUCCGCCAUCGCCCUGUGGUGGGCCCCUCACCCAUUCGAUAAGCGGUCCGGUAAAAUGGUUCGUGCACAGGACGUGCCACUGGUCAAGCAAUGGUACUUGGAGCACUGCCCGCAGGGUCAACCCGUGAAGGUCCGGGUCUCUUACCAAAAGCUGCUCAAGAGCUACGUCUUGAAUGAGCUACACAAGAGCACACCCAAGGCCCAGAGCAAACAGAACCUCAUGAAGACUCUGAAGACGACUAAGUUUUUCCAGCAAACAACCAUCGACUGGGUCGAGGCCGGUUUGCAAGUCUGUCGCCAGGGUUUCAACAUGCUUAACUUGCUGAUCCACCGCAAGAACUUGACUUAUCUCCAUCUUGAUUACAACUUCAACUUGAAGCCUGUCAAGACUUUGACAACCAAGGAGCGAAAGAAGUCUCGUUUCGGAAACGCUUUCCACUUGAUGCGAGAGAUUCUUCGCUUGACCAAGUUGAUUGUCGACGCCCAGGUCCAAUACCGUCUGGGUAACAUCGAUGCCUUCCAGCUUGCAGAUGGUAUUCUGUAUGCUUUCAACCAUGUGGGUCAACUCACUGGUAUGUACCGUUACAAGUACAAGCUUAUGCACCAGAUCCGUUCCUGCAAAGACCUGAAGCAUUUGAUCUACUACCGAUUCAAUUCUGGCCCUGUCGGUAAGGGACCUGGUUGUGGUUUCUGGGCCCCAGCCUGGAGAGUCUGGCUCUUCUUCAUGCGUGGUAUUAUUCCUUUGCUGGAGCGCUGGCUCGGCAACUUGCUCUCUCGUCAGUUUGAGGGUCGUCACAGCAAGGGCGUCGCCAAGACCGUCACCAAGCAGCGUGUGGAAUCUCACUUUGAUCUGGAACUGCGUGCCUCCGUCAUGGCCGAUCUUAUGGACAUGAUGCCCGAGGGUAUCAAGCAGAAUAAGGUUAACGUUGUCUUGCAACAUUUGUCCGAGGCUUGGAGGUGCUGGAAGAGUAACAUCCCCUGGAAGGUCCCUGGUCUCCCUGCUCCCAUUGAGAACAUCAUCCUUCGAUACGUCAAGAGCAAGGCGGACUGGUGGAUUUCUGUUGCCCACUACAACCGAGAGAGAAUUCGCCGUGGUGCAACCGUCGACAAGACCGUUGCAAAGAAGAACCUGGGUCGUCUUACGCGUCUCUGGCUCAAGUCCGAGCAAGAGCGCCAGCACAACUAUCUGAAAGAUGGUCCCUAUGUUUCUUCCGAGGAAGCCGUUGCGAUCUACACCACAAUGGUUCACUGGCUGGAGUCUCGCAAGUUCUCUCCGAUUCCCUUCCCCAGUGUUUCCUACAAGCACGACACCAAAAUUUUGAUCCUUGCCCUCGAGCGGCUGCGUGAGUCUUAUUCUGUCAAGGGAAGAUUGAAUCAAAGUCAACGAGAGGAAUUGGCCCUCAUCGAGCAGGCCUAUGACUCUCCCGGUACCACAUUGGCACGAAUCAAGCGAUUCCUUCUGACACAGAGAGCCUUCAAGGAGGUCAAGAUCGACAUGAAUGACAACUACAACAACAUCAACCCCGUUUACGACAUCGAGCCCAUCGAAAAGAUUACCGAUGCUUACCUAGACCAGUAUCUCUGGUACCAGGCUGAGCAGCGCCAUCUCUUCCCUGCUUGGAUCAAGCCCUCCGACUCUGAAGUUCCUCCUCUUUUGACCUACAAGUGGACCCAAGGUAUUAAUAACCUGUCCAAUGUGUGGGAAACUUCCGAGGGAGAGACCAACGUCAUGAUCGAAACCGAGCUUUCCAAGGUCUACGAAAAGAUUGAUCUCACCUUGUUGAACCGACUGCUGCGUUUGAUCAUGGAUCACAACUUGGCUGACUACAUCACCUCGAAGAACAAUGUUCAGCUCAGCUACAAGGAUAUGAACCACACCAACAGUUAUGGUCUUAUCCGAGGUCUUCAGUUCUCGGGCUUCGUGUUCCAAUACUACGGUUUGAUGAUCGAUUUGUUGCUCCUUGGUCUGCAGAGAGCCAGCGAAAUGGCUGGUCCUCCUGGAAGCCCCAACGACUUCUUGCAGUUCAGGGACCGUGCUACCGAGACUAGACACCCCAUCCGUCUCUACACACGUUACGUCGACAAGAUCUGGGUCUUCUUCAGAUUCCAGGCCGAUGACUCGCGCGAUUUGAUUCAACGUUUCUUGACCGAAAAUCCGGACCCUAACUUCGAAAACGUCAUUGGCUAUAAGAACAAGAAGUGCUGGCCUCGCGAUUGUCGUAUGCGCUUGAUGCGUCACGAUGUCAACCUUGGUCGUGCUGUCUUCUGGGACAUGAAGAAUCGUCUCCCGAGAUCUAUCACCACCAUUGACUGGGAUGAUACAUUCGCUAGCGUGUACAGCAAGGACAACCCCAACUUGUUGUUCUCCAUGAACGGUUUCGAAGUUCGCAUUCUUCCCAAGAUUCGGAACAUGAAUGAGGAGUUCUCCGUUAAGGACAGUGUCUGGUCUCUGGUCGAUAACUCCACCAAGGAGCGCACGGCGCAUGCCUUCCUCCAGGUCACCGAAGAGGAUAUUCAGAAGUUUAACAACCGUAUCCGACAAAUACUCAUGUCCUCCGGUUCGACGACUUUCACCAAAAUUGCCAAUAAGUGGAACACUGCCCUGAUUGCUCUCUUCACAUACUAUCGUGAGGCUGCUGUGUCGACCGUCAACCUUCUCGACACCAUUGUGAAAUACUCGUGUCAAGAUCGGUCUCAACUCCAAGAUGCCGUCUCGUUUCCCCCUGCGGUCUUCUACACACCCAAGGAGCUUGGUGGUCUCGGUAUGAUCUCGGGAUCUCACAUCCUCAUUCCCACCAGUGACAAGCGCUGGUCUAAGCAGACAGAUACUGGCAUUACUCACUUCCGAGCGGGUAUGUCUCACGACGAAGAAACCCUGAUUCCGAACAUCUUCCGCUACAUCAUUCCCUGGGAGGCCGAAUUCAUUGACUCCCAGCGUGUGUGGAUGGAGUACUCGCAAAAGCGAAUGGAGGCUCAGCAGCAAAACCGCCGCUUGACCCUGGAGGAUCUGGAAGACAGCUGGGAUCGUGGUCUUCCCCGUAUCAACACCCUCUUCCAGAAGGAUCGAAGCACACUCAGCUUCGACAAGGGUUUCCGACUCCGUGCGGAGUUCAAACAGUACCAGCUGAUGAAGAGCAAUCCGUUCUGGUGGACGAGUCAGCGACAUGAUGGUAAACUUUGGAAUCUCAACGCCUACCGCACAGACGUCAUUCAAGCACUUGGCGGAGUAGAAACUAUUUUGGAGCACACCCUAUUCAAAGCGACAGCUUUUCCGUCCUGGGAGGGUCUCUUUGGGAGAGAGCCAGUGGUUUCGAAGAGAGUUUCAUCUCUUUCUAAAUGA